AUGCUCCAUCAGUUUAAUCAUUUUGUAAUUAGGUUCAGACAACUGUUACAACUUCCAAAUAUCGGUGAAUGUAGCUUCAUACUUAAAGAGCGUCUAAGUAAUCACCAUCAAUAUAAUCUUCCAACUGCAGAACAAGUUGCGGCAAUUAUUGUUGGAGGAGAUUCAGAUUCUAUGGAAUAUGGAAGGGAUAUUAAUGUUAUUCGUCGUGAUGGAAAUCUAAAGAAAGUUCAAGAGACAAAGGGAUAUUAUGAUCCGUUGCAGUAUCCUAUAUUGUUUCCUAUGUCAUGUCGAGCAUAUUACAGUUACAUACUUCAGAUUCUUCCAAAUGAUCAAUCAAUGUUGUUAAAUGCGGGUCGAUUGUUGCAAUAA